GCUUUUCAGAAAUAUUAGUAUUACUAAAAAUAUACUCAGAGAAAAUUGUAAUCUAAUAAAUUUAUUCUGGAGUUUAUAAUCAUGAAGUAUAUUAACUCGCUUGAAAUAUUUACUGAAAAUUGGGUGACAUUUACGAUUUAGGAAGUUCAUCGAAGUUUUACAGUGAUAUUAUAAUAAUUUUGUAGAACGAUAAACAACUGCUAUGAUAUAUUUGAAAAUCUUUACUUUUACAUUGUGUUUCGUAUUUAUUGUGGAUUGGGUUUGCUCUCGACGCAGAGUUUUGAAUGGACAUAAGGUCCAUAGCGUUAAACCUUAUAUGGUAUACCUUGUUAAACAUCAGUGGUCUCAUGCGUUUUACGAAGGUUGGCUCUGCGGUGGAGCGAUUAUACAUCCGUUACACGUUCUGACGUCAGCUACUUGUGUGAAAGACGUUUACAAUAUUUACGUUAUCUCUGGUCUUAAGCAGUAUAUAUCAAAUGCAUACACAGAUGACAACAAGUGUGUUAGAAGAACACGACGGAGAAUUGUAUCACUGUGUGAAUUUAAAAGUGCUGAGUAUAACGUGACAGAUUUUUAUACGUACAAUUCGUCAUCUGACAACGGUUUUCCACAUUCAACUUCUUGGGCAAUGGGCAAUCUCGGAUUAGCUAGAAUCAAUUCACCUUUCGCGUUCCACAGCAACGAUUACACUACAUACUGCGAUUACAAACCACAAAUUGUGUCUGUGAAUUUCUUGAACAAGUACGAAAGGCCAGGCAUACAGGGCAUUUUACUAGGUUGGGGGAAUCGAAGGUUUUAUAGACCCAGAGGUGACUUAACAAUAUACAAUGAAAAGGAUCUCCGCUACACGUCCGUAGUAGUUGUGAAUAAAUCGCGUUGUGUAGAGAAGUAUUCACAUACUAAGUUGAAUCUUACCGAAGACGAGACUUUAUUGUGCAUAGAUGGGCAAGGUAUUUUAAAUGACUAUGGGUUGCCUAACGAUUAUGACGACACUUGCUUUAAUUGCGAAGAGACGGAACCGCCGGAUUCCGAUCGGCGCCGAUGGUACGCAGGACAGAACACGCGACCACGAAUAACAACCUUGAAUUGGUUAAACUCUUAUGGUAAUGGACCAUGUCAGAAUGAUCAGGGUGGUCCUUUAGUGGUAUGGAUUGGUGGCCGGGAAACUGUCAUUGGAGUGGCGUCCGCAUUUAUGGUCACGGCGAAGAUGGAAUGCAAGGGUCCUUUCAUUUUUGCCAGUACUGCGUGCUCAAGUGAAUUGAUUUUUUGCAUAAUAUCCUCUAAGCUUCGGCGCAGUGCAGAGUAUUGUGAAAGCGUGGCUCAAAGAUCAGGCGUUAGAAUAUACCAAACUUACAUGGAUUGGAAUACCACAAGUUUGAAUGAAACAGGAAAGAAAGCCAUUAAACACGGUCCAGCGACAUAUUAUGGAUAUUACAGAACGAAUAACAAACCUCAUGUAACUACAACUACGUCAAAAAUGACACAAACGGGGACAAAGCGGACGAGAUACGUGACCCUACAUGAAGCUUCGCAGAUGAGAGCUGAAACUCUCCCUGAGACUCAACCUGGGCGUAGUCGCUCUGCGGAAGGCAUUGACAAAACAAAUGAUUACACAUUUGAUGAAUACAGUGAAAAUGUAUACACGUCUUCUAAUCCUUACGAUACUAACAGUGGCGACUAUUGGGCUACCGAUCAGCAGGGUACACAAGAUCCCAAUGACUUGAACUAUUACGGCGAAGAAGUUAAAAUCAAUGGGACAAAUCAAGAAGUAGUCGGACGUAGUGGAGAUUACAGAAAACGGCAAUCCAAUAACCAACAAGAAAGGCAAGAUAAGAAACAAACUACGACAAAUUCAAAACCUUCCAAUUUUACAAGCAGUUAUAAUGCAACGAGUGACAGAACAACAAAUAACAUUACAACGAGUGUAACGCAAUCGCAUUCUAACACAAGUUAUGUUCAAUUUGACGACAAAAUAAAACACAUAUGAAAUACAUUGAAAAUU